AACGUCAAAAUAUUCGAAGAGGCUGAUAAAUUAAAUUUGAUUCCUAUUUUAUCAACGAAUUCGAACAUUUGUUGCUACUCGUCAGUUGAUUAAAAUGAGUUCAAAACUCAACAUCGCCGGUUUCGGUGAGGAAAUAUCCAAUCUCGAAUAUAAUGGGUUCUGGGAUUGGUUUGUGGCCUAUGUUGAGCCGGCUAAUAUGUGGCGAGCUCAUAAGAGUUACAUCUUCUGUGAAUCAGUCUUUAUAAUCGGUGGCAUACUGAUGUUCUUCCACUCGUUGAAACAAGGUGGACGAUGGCCGUUUCUAUAUUUCGCGUCGAUUUUCCACGGUUUUACGGUUGAGCUUAUGGCAUAUUUCGUUCCACACAUAGAUAAUUUCUGGCAUGCACAAGGUAUCUUCACCUUCGUUGAGCGACGCUUGCCACUGUACGUGGUAUUUCUAUAUCCAGUGUUCUACUACCAUUCCUCCUGGGCUAUGUCGAAAAUGAAACUGAAAUGUGGAUAUGCCGAGCAUUUGGCCGUUGGCCUGAUGACUGUAUUGAUCGAUAUGCCGUACGACAUAAUUGGAAUUAAAUAUUUGCACUGGAUUUGGCACGAUACUGAUCCAAACAUUGCCGACCGUCAUUACUGGGUUCCAUGGAAUUCUUACUAUUUUCAUGUGUGCUUUUCGGCCAGUUUUCAAUUUUUCUUCCAUAAAACGAGAAGCUGGCUAGAUAAACGAGAUUUGGGGAAAUGGGAGCGGGGAACGAUAUCCUCUGAACUUGUUGCUAUAGUCAUCAGCGCUUUGUUUAGUAUGCCCGGCGGUUGUUUGUUAUUUAUUCCUUUAUAUCAUCCGUUACAUGACUUUUUCGGUGUGCCGAGUGAAGUAACCAGUAUAACGAUACUAAUUAUUUUCACGUCAAUCGUAUGGAAAUUCGAUAGGAAAAGUAACCGAUAUUCGGAACCACAAAAAAUGAGUUUCCUCUCGAAGUUGCUUAUUGUCCAUUUGAUUUGUCACUAUGCUGUCCAGCUGCUUACGGCUAUUUUCAUCAAUCCUAAAGACGUGAUUGCAGUUGGUCUACAUGAAAGAAUCGGUGAUUGUAAUGAAAUGGUCCCAGUGGAGACUGUACUAAAGACGCUUCAAAAACGAAAAUAUCUAUGCGUGACCGACUAUGAUGAGAAGUACUAUGACUUCCAUUGUUUACCGGGUCAGAAACCACCGUCGAACAACAGUGUCUGGUACACAAUAUGUGGAACUGAGUUCGAAAAUCAUGCGGAAUUAUUGACGGUAUUGUCAUUGAUAUCGUUUGUGGCUUUCAUGGUCUUCAGAUCGUUACAUUUUGACUACGAUCAACGGAUUACCGGUAGAUUGUCCGCUAAAGAAAGGGAGAAUUUGGAAAGGCCGCCUGGACAUAAAAAGAAAUCGAAGAAACAGUAAAAUUGUUUGGAAAGUCAAUUUUUUAUUAAAGAAAUUUAGUGCUACAGUAAAGGUAGUGCUCUGAA